AUGGAAGCUCGUGACCCAGAAGAUGACCAUGGUCGCAUGGAUGACGACAAAGGAUUGACUGGCCAAGAAGCACCGCCUACGACCGACGAGCCAGCACGCACAUCCAGGGACAUGGCACGCUUGGCGGAAGAUAUGGCCGGAGUUGGAAUCCGCGACGCACAGGAAGAGCAGAACAUACGGGAGGACGCUCGGAUAUCGGCCGCAUGGCUGCACCAAAAUCAGCCCGCGACUGGACCAAGAGGAUUUGAGGAGACCUUUGCAUAUUACGCCGAGAAACGUCGACAGAAAGCCUCCGAAGGCGUUCCAGACGACACCAAUAUUCCGACCAACGUCACCACACCCUCUGGCAGCGCUGUUCCGUCUGAGGUCUACAUCCCGCCCAAUGUUCUUGUAGCUCCUGGUGUCAAAAUUCCGCCUGGCAGCAAGUUCCCAACCGACAUUCCCAUUGUGUUUCCGUCUGGCACGACCCUCCCGCCCAACAUACCGAUUGGACUGGCGGAAGACUAUGUUCGUCGUUUGAACGGAAACAUCUCUUCUUGGGCCCCAGCUCCAGCUGAGCCCUCCAUGGACCCUGCCGGAGAAGGCCAAAACACCGAGACUGGCAAUCCUUUCGUGAAGCUUCCUCAAACGCCCCCCAAUGACGAGUCUGAGAGCGCCCGGAAUUUCAUCCACACACGCAAUGACGAUGCCGCUACCGCCAAGGAAGAUUUCUUGCAGUAUCGACCCGGAACGAUCCUGCGCCUCAGCCCUCACGAGCCACCCGAGCCCUAUAGCAUCUCUCAUUACGCGAACCCUGACAAAUUGUCCAGCAAAGUCAAGAUGCUAUCGAAAGAAGAGGAACCAAUGAGUCGGACGGAAUUAGUUUUCCACGACACUCACCGACUACAACUACCCCUGGUGAAAACGAAGAAAGCCCAGAGCACCCUCUCGCCGACGGUUUUAACCCCCAGCGACAAAAAGAAGGGAAAAGAGAAGAGAAAGGGCAAGAAGAAGGACACUUCCAAGUCUGAUGAUCCGUUGGAUGGCUUCCAAGUAGAGGUGGAAGUCGACAGACUCGUCAGCGGCGGUUCAGAAGCGGGUUGUCAGAUUCUUCGCUGCAAGGUGACGAAAGCGCCCGAGUCGGAAAGAUGGACAGCGAACCCCAAGAACAUUGACGAACCAUCAUUGUACGGAGAGCCCUUGAAUGUUGGAGACCAUGUCGCCGUCAAAGUCUUCGACCCAUUGUUCUACGGCGACGUUUCGGACACAGACAAGGGCCCCUGGAAAGUCACCAUCAUUGCAGAUGGCGACCUCAGUCGCGAGAACGCCGCAUAUCAACACCUCUGGGAGGCAGGAAGGACAGGGCCCCCGCACCUAGCACCUCAGUAUCAUGGGUCUUGGACAUUUUCACUCGGAACCGCUUAUCCAAAGUUCAAGGCUCAGACUCGCCGAGUUGGAGCGGUCAUGAUCGAAUACAUUCACGGCAAGAGCAUCGAAGACUUGUGUUAUCGCAACAAGCACUAUCACUUGGUGCCACCAACGGGUCCCACAAAUCUUGACUUCGAGGAGACCAAACAGCUUGACUUGACCCGGGAGAUUCGCCUUAAAACCUUGAAGAAUUUCAUGAAGCACACCGUUCAUCAACUUCACGCCGGGGUCGAGCACUGGUGGCCGGAGCCGGAGAACAUCCUCAUCUCGACAUACGAAAAUGACAAACCGCGAGUCGGCUUGGUUGACUAUGUCGUUCAAUGA